AUGGCCACAGCCACCCUCACAGCUACGGAUCUCCGCGCUGAACUGAAGGAGUGGGAGCGUGCUUUUUCGGCUGCCAACGGGGGGAGGAAGGCCGGUCGACUUGAUAUUAAGAGUAACCCUGAUAUCGCUGCCAAAUACAAAGCCUACGGUCGAAUGAAAGCGCACGAAUCCGCAGCCGACAGAGACACGCACCACAACCAAAACGAAAGCACACUAGAAGAACGUCCCAAAAAGCGAAAACAUACCUCCCCAACUGGCCCCGGCCACGAAGACUCUAACGCUGCUACGCCCCGGAAAUCAAAUAAAGGAAUCUUCGCAACCCCUUCACGACCCCGAGUAAACCAUCCCGCCGAUAUAGAUCCCUAUGACUCUCCUUCUGUAUUACGCCGACUGUUCAGCCCGAGUACGCAUCAGCAAUCGACGCCACUUAAAGCCGCCAUUGGACCUACACCACAGCGCGAUGGAAAGGCAUUGGGCUUGUUUGAUCUUCUAUCCGAAUCUGGAGGAAGUACCGCGACACCGUCUGCGACUCGGAUAGCCAGUCUUCAGGGAGCAGCAGUACAAACACCAUCUAAACAGAACCGCAUGGAAACAAUCACCGAGGAAGACGAGGAUGAUGAAGAAGAGACCGCCCGCGGAGGACGAACCCCCACAUCAUCAGGGAAGAAGCUCUAUCUGGAGAAUUUAUUCGCAACACCCACGACGAUGAAAUAUGCCGCGAUGGUGGAGGACGAGGAAGACCGCAGACCAACCGCCACCAAUGUCCAAGCUGCUGCGGCUGCGGCAUCAGCGAACAGGAGAGUAGCUGGGCCAGGCGAAACACCGUCAUUCCUGCGACGCUCGAAUGCGGGACGGUCGUUUAAUGCGAUGGAUCCGUCGACUGGUGGGUUGAGCCCGAUAGCUGCACGCAAACCGCCACAGUUCAUUGGGAAGGGUCUCUCGGCGCUCGUGCAGGGAUUACGAGAUAUGGAGGAGGAGCGGAUGGAAGAUGACAUGGAUGUAUUGCGGGAGCUUGAAGCGGAGCAAGAUGCCAUGGAUAAUCCCAAGGUUGAUGUGGAGGAUAGUCAGGCUGGUGGCGCUGGUCGAAAACCGUACAAGAAGAAGGGUCAGAAGAGGACUACACGACGUGUCCGUAUGAAGCCAGUUGUUGUCCCGAAGGCGCAGACUAAAUCGACGGAACUAUCUGGAGGUGAGGAAGAGGAUGAACAGGCCGCCGUUCCGGAGACUCAAUUCCAAGAACAAACUGAAAACCACUUCUCCGAAGACGACGAUGGCGACGACGCUUCUCUAAACAGCAUCUCAGAACCUGAACUAGAAAAUUCAGAUUCAGACCCCGACUUCGAUGAACCCGUCACCAAAACCAAGAGCUUCGCCGAAAAAAUGAAAGAAGCUAUUUCCGCAGACUCCAAGAACAAUCCACAAGAGUCGUCACAACUAUCCGAAAAAGCUAUAGCAAAGGCAAAGCAGAAGGAAAAGGGAAAAAAAGAGAAAGAGAAGGAAGAGAGUGCUAAGCCUCGCCCACGUAAGGUUAACCCUGAAACGCAUGCAAAUUACCGGUCUCUUAAUAUUAGGAAUAAGAAUACUAAAGGACGGGGCGCUGGACGCUUCAGGAGGAGGUAG